GGCACCGCCAGCAGCAGCGAGAGGCGGCGGAAAGAGGCGGUGAGAGGCGGCGAGCCGACCUUGCUGGCUUUCAGCGGUCUCUUUUCUUGCCGGCGAGAGCUGCUGGAAGGGAGGCAAGGCAGCGGCAGGAGGCAGGAGCGCGGCGAGCUGUGGCGGCGGCAGAGAAUGGCGGUGAGGCGGCGGCAGAGGCUGGGGCAGGGCGGCGGGCGAGCGCUGCUGGGCGCGGUGCUGCUGUGCGUGUGGUGGCGGGCGGCGGCCGAGCGGGUCCGCUACACCAUCGCCGAGGAGCUGGGCAGAGGCUCGCUCGUGGGGCCACUGGCGCGGGACCUGGGGCUGAGCGCGGACGAGCUGCCGGCGCGCAAGCUGCAGGUGGCGUCUGCCGGCAAGAAGCAGCUGAACUACUUCACGGUGAAUGAGGAGAACGGGAACCUGUACGUGAACGAGAGGGUGGACCGGGAGGAGAUGUGCGGGUCUUCGGCGACCUGCUCGAUCAGCUUCGAGGCUUUGGUGCACAACCCGCUGAACAUUUUCCACGUCGAGGUGGCGAUCGAAGACGUGAACGACAAUUCCCCAGUCUUCAGCAAGGCUGUUCUGGACCUCGACAUUGGAGAGUGGACGCUUCCCGGUGCUCGUUUUCCCCUGGAGAUGGCUCGAGAUACCGACAUAGGAAGGAAUUCGCUACUGUCUUACAAACUCACCAGCGACCCGUCAUUUUCACUCUCCAUGAAAGAAAAGCCAGGUGGAAAAAAGCAGCCGGAAUUAGUGCUAGAGAGAACCUUGGACCGAGAGAAGCAGAGCUCCUUUGAGUUGGUGCUGACAGCAGUGGACGGCGGGGACCCCGCGAGGACCGGGACUGUCCAGGUUCUCAUCAACGUGACGGAUGCAAAUGACAACCCACCCGUGUUCAAUAAAGGCGUCUACGAAGCGCGAGUCGCGGAGAAUCUUCCUGCAGGGUCCUUGGUGCUGCAGGUGCGGGCCACAGAUGCCGACGCGGGUGCCAACGGGCGAGUCUCCUACUCCUUCGGCAAUGUCCCAGAUGGAGUCCAUUCGUUGUUCGCUGUCGACAGCGAGAAUGGCGAGAUCAGGACUGUAAUUGCACUCGAUUUCGAGGAGGAAAAUAAAUACAUUUUUGGCUUAGAGGCUACAGACGGCGGCGGGCUCACCGAUCACUGCGAAGUGCAGAUAGACAUCAUGGACGAGAAUGACAACGCGCCCGAGAUCACAAUUUUAUCCCUGUCAAACCCCGUGCCCGAGGACGCGCCGAUGGGCACUGUGGUGGCCCUGUUGAAUGUGAACGACCCGGACUCGGGCGAGAAUGGUCAGGUGUCGUGCGAGCUGUCGGGCGAGGCGCCGCUGUCGAUCGUGGCGUCGCCGGGCGGCUCGUACAAGGUGGUGACGGCGAGCGCGCUGGACCGCGAGCAGGCGUCCGAGCACCGCGUGACGGUGGUGGCCCGGGACCGGGGCAGGCCGGCACUGUCGAGCAGCACGGAGCUGGUGCUGGAGGUGUCGGACGUGAACGACAACGCGCCGGUGUUCGAGGAGGCGGCGUACAGCGCGUACGUGGCGGAGAACAACGCGGCGGGCGCGCUGUUGCUGCGCGUGCAGGCGCGGGACGCGGACGCGGGCGCCAACGGGCGCGUGAGCUACUGGCUGGCGGGCGGCAGCGCGGGCGCGGCGGGCGCGGCGCCGCUGGUGUCGGUGGAGGCGCGGAGCGGCGCGCUGUACGCGCAGCGCUCCUUGGACUACGAGCAGUGCCGCGAGUUCUCGGUGGAGGUGCGGGCGCAGGACGGCGGCGCGCCGGCGCGCAGCUCCACGGCCACGGUGCGCAUCUUCGUGCUGGACCGCAACGACAACGCGCCGCGGGUGCUGUGGCCGGCGGCGGUGGCGGCGCCGGCAGAGGCUGCGGCAGUGGCGCCGUUCGAGGUGGUGCCGCGCUCGGCCGAGGCCGGCUACCUGGUGGCCAAGGUGGUGGCGGUGGACGCGGACGCGGGGCGCAACGCGUGGCUGUCGUACGAGCUGGUGCAGGCGUCGGAGCCGGCGCUGUUCCGCGUGGGGCUGCACAGCGGCGAGGUGCGCACGGCGCGCGCCGUGUCCGAGCGGGACGCGGCCAAGCAGCGGCUGGUGGCCGUGGUGAAGGACCACGGGCAGCCGGCGCUGUCGGCCACGGCCACGCUGCACGUGGUGCUGGCCGAGAGCUUGCAGGAGGCGCUGCCGGAGCUGAGCGAGCGGGCGGCGGGCGCCGAGGCAGCGGCGGCGGCCGAGCUGCAGUUCUACCUGGUGCUGGCGCUGGCGCUGCUGUCGGCGCUGUUCGUGCUGAGCGUGGCGCUGGCCGUGCUGGCGCGGCUGCGCCGGGCCGGGCCGCCCGCCGUGCUGCGCUGCCUGGGCGCGCAGCGCUUCUCGGUGGCCGGCGCCGCCUUCCCGGCCGACUUCUGCGAGGGCACCUUGCCCUACUCCUACAACCUGUGCGUGGCGGCGUCGGCCCGCGCCGUGCCCGAGGCCGCUUGGCCGCCGCCGCCGGUGCCCGUGCUGUCGGCGGAGGAGCUUCUGGGCGCCGAUUCCUGCGAGAAGACGAACCUGAGUAAUAGUGCCGUUGAGGGAGAGCACCCCGGCGACCCCGACGCUUCGCAGGCUUGUCCCCUGGACGUAGCAAGGCAGGGCGGGCAGCGCUCGGUGCUGCAGUGCCGAAAGGAGGCUGCGGGCGCCGCUGUUGACCGAGAGGAGAGAGAGGAAGCUCGUAGAGCUGCAGCCCCGCCCGCUGCGGAACGGCUCGCUCGCUUUAUCGCUCCCUAUCCGACCCUGCGGCCCGAUCGUCCCCGUGGUGCCGAUCCAUUCUGCAGCAGCCUGGCGGAGGAACCGGCGGCUGAACAGGGUGCAGAAGCUGAGAGAAUUGAGUGA